AAAAAGGUCCGUGUCGGUUGUGCGUUUUGGCUCUUCAACGGAGCGGGAGGUGGGAUUACAACCCCACCCCCUCCCUUCCUCCCUCUAAUCCGGUUCUGCCCCAUCUGGACUCGGGAGGGCGCGCGUGAUCGGAACCAGGCGCAGACGCAGCCUCAAGAUGCCGACGUCCCAUCCCGGUUCGGAAGCGGUGCCGGCGGACUUCUGGGUGGACGGCUCGCGCAGGGACGGGACAGUGGAAGAGUUCUACACGCUCGGCUCCGAAUUGGGCAGAGGCGCGACAUCAGUGGUGUAUCGCUGUGAAGAAAAAGAGAAAAAGAAGUCCUACGCCGUCAAAGUUCUCAAGAAGACGAUCGACAAGAAGAUCGUCCGGACGGAGAUCGGCGUCCUGCUGCGUCUUUCGCACCCGAACAUCAUCCAGCUGAAGGAGAUCUUCGAGACGGACACGGACAUCGCUCUCAUUCUGGAGCUGGUGACGGGAGGCGAGCUCUUCGACAGGAUCGUGGAGCGCGGCUACUACAGCGAGAGAGACGCCGCCCACGUCAUCAAACAGAUCCUGGAGGCCGUGGCGUAUCUGCACGAGAACGGUGUGGUGCAUCGCGAUCUCAAGCCAGAGAAUUUGCUCUACGCCGACCUCUCGAUCGAUGCGCCGCUCAAGAUCGCGGACUUUGGUCUUUCCAAAAUCAUCGAUGAGCAGGUGACCAUGAAGACGGUGUGCGGCACGCCGGGAUAUUGUGCUCCUGAGAUUCUUCGAGGAAACGCUUACGGACCAGAAGUGGACAUGUGGUCUGUGGGCGUCAUCCUCUACAUUCUGCUGUGCGGCUUCGAGCCCUUCUUUGACGCGCGGGGGGACCAGUACAUGUACACGCGCAUCCUCAACUGCGACUACGAGUUCGUCUCCCCCUGGUGGGACGACGUCUCGCUCAACGCCAAGGACCUGUCAUCCGUCAUCCAUCCCUGCAUCCGACCGUCCGCGCAGCGGUUCGUCUGUCUCCCCGUCCGGUCGUCAGUUUCCCCAUCCCUGUCCAUCCAUCCAUCCAUCCAUCCGUUCGUCCGUCCAUCAUGUCAGCAAUGCUAACGCCGUCGGAGCGCGAGCGCGAGAGUGAGGCCGAAGCCAUGCGUGUGCGUGCCAGGUGAGCAAGCUGAUCGUGUUGGACCCGGCCAAGCGUCUGAGCGUGCGCCAGGCCCUGCAGCACCCGUGGGUGCUGGGCAAGGCGGCGCGCUUCUCGCACAUGGACACGGCGCACAGG